CUCGAAGUUGAACGGCGACGCGACGACCGCCACCCUGGGCCGCCAUGGACUUUGAACUGCAAGAGGAGCUACAAGGCCUGCAAGACCAGGCGAACUACGAGAUACCCAAUCAGGAUGACAUCCCAUCCCUGGACGCCCGCGCUGUCGCUCACAUCCUCGAGACUGCCGUUGAGGCUCUCGCCGAGUCGUCCGACGCUAUCACGGAACCUCAGGUAUUCGAUGCCUACCGUAGCUUGCUGAAACACGCGGAGAGCCUGCCUGGGCCGCUCAUGAGCAAGGUGCUUGACUCUGUUACCUCUGGGUUCCAGGCGCAGGUAGAAGCCACCAACCGGGACCUGGAUACGGAGGACCAACAGACUAUCGCGGCUCACAAGAAAGCGCUCGAGAUGUAUGGCUUCCUCUUGAACUGGUUUGUGGGUGCAGCAGAGAAGGUGAAGGGGCCUGGAGAAGAUGACGGCGCAGCCGCAGCACCAGCCCCGAGGACCCGGAGAGGGAGAGGUGGGAAAGCCGCCGCGUCGAGGCCAGCAGCGAAGCGAAACACAGAAGAGUGGACGUGGAUAGACCAGAUUCCCUCAACACUGGCAUUGAUCUCCAAGGUACUACGGCUGAAGACGCAGCGAAUAUGGUUGACAACUGGUGAGCGCGAUACCUUCAUCAACUGCAUCACUCGUCCAGCAUACCACAUUACUGAAAGCGAACAAUACAUGAAGUCCGUAGCCAUUCGCACCGGUGUCUACAAGGUCAUCUGUCUCGCCGUCAAGUCGCAUGGUCAUGGCCUCGCCGCCCAAAUUAGCAUCAUGCAAUCCUUGCAGUAUUACGAGCACCUGUCAGAGCCUAUGGCCGACCUGCUCAUCGUGCUUGCGAAAGAGUUCGAUCACGCGCAGCUCGGUGACGAGAUAUUGCGGGAGAUCGCGGCGAAGAGCUUCAGUGCUCAGGACUCGAAGGGCCCCCGGGCGUUUUCUCGCUUCCUUGUUCGCCUUGCCGAGAAUAUACCCCGUUCGGUGUUGAAGCAAAUCAGCCUGUUGCUCUCGCAUCUGGACUCCGAGUCCUACCCGAUGCGCAUGGCCAUAGUCGAGAUCAUCGGCUGCCUGAUCCGCGAGCUCGCAGCUGCAUCCGAGAAUUCCAACGACGACCAGCAAAUGAGCAAGCAGCUCGAGGGCCUUUGGGAGCUGCUCAUUGAGCGCGUGAUCGACGUCUCGUCUUACGUCCGCACCAAGGUGCUCUCCGUCAUGACCCGCCUGUGUGAUCUACCGCACAAGUUCCCGCAACAGCGCCUAGCGAUGACGCGUGCGGCAGUGGACUCGCUCGAGGACAAGGGCUCGACAGUGCGCAAGGCGUCGGUGGUCCUGCUUGUGAGGCUGAUCGAGACGCACCCGUAUGGCCUCAUGUACGGAGGUGAGCUGAAUCAGCCGGAGUGGGAAGGGAGGUACAAGGAGGUAUGCGCGCAGCUGCAAGAGUUGGAAGGCGUGGUGGGACGGGCUGCAGAACGAGAAGGCACCCAAGAAGGAGAGGAGAAGGAUGAUGAGGAGGAGGAAGAAGAGCAAGAAGACGAGGAGGGUGAGGGGGAUGGCGAGCGUAAGUCUCGCAAGCGCUCGAAGAAGGUUAAGCGAGAAGACGACAACGAGAUGGAAGUCGACGAGGAAGGCGAGGGUGAAGACCGAGAUGAAGAUAUGGACGAGGACGAGGAUGCUCAGCCGCGCCCGCCCAAGAAGUCCAAGAAGAAGAAAGCACGCAAGUCCGAGAUCGACAUGGUCGCCCUGACAAAUGAGCAAGAGGCCCUCGCUGCGCUGGAGGGCGACAAGAUCUUGCACCUGCGUCUGCGCAAGAAGUACUGUUCUGAAGGCCUCGUCUUCAUUCGCCAAGUCGAAGACGGUAUGCAGACGGUGCAGAAGUUGCUCGCUUCGACCAACAAGCUUGAGGUCCUGGAGGCGAUGGACUUUUUCAAGACAGCUCAUGACUACAAGUUUGAGGGCGCAGAGGGUGGGAUCAAGAAGAUGCUGCACUUGAUUUGGUCCAAAGACAACUCACAAACGUCUGAUGACGGGAAGGAGCUCAAGGGCGUUCGCUCGCGACUCCUCGAAUGCUACCGCCAGUUGUACUUUGACCCCGUAGCGGACCUGGACGCCAAGGGCAACAUAAGUCGUAUUACCAAAAACAUGAUCGAGUUGACCUACGGAGCAACUCUCGCUGAGUUAACGAGCUUGGAAGAGAUGAUGCGCAUCCUCAUGGACGACAACCAGGUGCAUACAGACGUCAUCAACAAGCUUUGGCAGGUGUAUGGCUCCGAACGACCAUUGCCUAAGCAACAAAGGAGGGGUGCUGUGAUUAUCCUCGGCAUGCUGGCCCUUGCACGAAGAAGUGUAGUAGCAGACCGUGUCGAGACACUGGUCAGAGUGGGAUUGGGCAAGCUCGGAAUGGCCGAUCUUACACUGGCGAAGUAUACCUGCGUUGCUCUGCAGAGACUGAACGGGAGUGCGAAGAAGGUUAAAGGUUCGCUUCUCGAUAAGACGUUGCGACUAGACAUGGAGAACCCCCUAUUCCGGAAGCUGCAAGACGCGAUCGAGCACCCGACUCGGUCGAAGGAAUGGUUUGGCAUGACGGAACAAGCCAUCAACACCAUUUAUGCUCUGGGCGAACGACCAGACGUUAUCUGCGACCGUAUCAUCAGGAACUUGACUCGGCGUGCGUUCACUGCUCAGACGCGAGCGAAAACGCCUCAGCCGAAGGAUCCUGACGCCAUGGACGAGGAUGAGUCCCGGGAUGAUGCGGAAGAGGGAGCAAACACCUCGCAAGCGGACAAUUCUCAGAGCAACGAUACGCAGUCGGAUGAGUCCAAGGACAAUGGCGACGCUUUCAUCCUCAGCCAGCUUUUGUUCGUGGUGGGUCAUGUUGCUAUCAAGCACAUCGUCUACCUCGAGCUGGUGGAGCGAGAGUGGAAGCGCCAGAAGCACGAGAAGGAAGUUGCGGAGAAAGCGGCCAAGAAGGGUAGCGCAGCUAACGCAGCCAAGGACCAAGAAGAGCUUGACCAAGUCGCAGGCAAUGCGGAGGACGAGAUCGGUGACAGGAUAGCAGCAAUCCGAGAGUCUGAGCUAUUGUACGGGCCUGAGUCACUGCUGGCUAGUUACGGGCCCAUGACAGUGCAUAUAUGCGGUAGUCCGCACAGAUUCAAGAAUCGAACACUGAGGGCGGCAGCGACUCUCGCCUUCAGCAAGUUCCUCUGCAUUAGCUCCAAAUUCUGCGACGAGCACCACCAUCUGCUCUUCAAGAUUCUCGAGACGUCAAGGGAUCCAAAUAUUCGGAGCAAUAUCGCCAUAGCACUGGGGGACGUCGCCGUGUCGUUCAACAACAUCAUUGACGAGAACAGCAAUGAACUCUACAAGGGCCUGUCUGAUAUCGACCUGGUCGUCAAAAAGAAUACCCUCAUGGUCCUGACCCAUCUCAUUUUGAACGGUAUGAUCAAGGUCAAGGGGCAGCUGGGAGAGAUGGCGAAGUGUCUCGAGGACGAGGAUGAACGGAUAGCUGACCUCGCGAAGUUGUUCUUCUCGGAGCUGUCUACCAAGGACAACGCCAUCUACAACAACCUUCCUGAUGUGAUCAGCCAUUUGUCGGUGGGCGCGCACGCUGUCGAGGAGGCGAUCUUCCAAAGCACCAUGCGGUACAUCUUCAACUUCAUCGAGAAGGAGAAGCAAGCGGAGAACAUCGUCGAGAAACUCUGCCAACGCUUCCGACUUACAGAAGACCCUCGUCAAUGGCGAGACAUCGCCUUCUGCUUGUCCCUUCUGCCGUUCAAGUCCGAACGGUCGGUCAAGAAGCUCAUCGAGGGCCUGCAGUUCUACCGCGACAAGCUGCACGAGGAGACUGUCUUUUCGCGCUUCCAGGAGAUCCUCACCAAGGCACGCGCGAACAAAUCAGCCAACAAGCCCGAUGCAGAGCUGAAUGAGUUCGAGAACAUCCUCGAGGAGCACAAACGACAGGGUGAGGAAGAUCAGGCCUUCGAGAAGAGGGUAGAGGGCAAGAGAGCCGCAGCCAAGAAGCGUGCUACCCGGAGAACAGCCCGCAAGAAGGCAGUCGCAAGGGAAGAGGACGAUGACGAGUGAACUAGAUGAUCAGCCACUCAGUUCUGAGCUCGUAUUCAGUGAUCGCGGAGACCCGCAUAUCUUUAUUGACAGUCUGUAUAUCAGCACAUGUAGUACAUUGUAUAUACGUACUCUAGGGAUGUGGCAAUGCAUGUGAUAGAGGUCCAUGGUACUUCGAACGAACGUGACGCCGCACGGAUAUGUACACCGGAGGCUAUAAAGUAAAGCGCGAAAGUAAAGACAGUGGACGCGGGGGUA